ACUGGUAUGCCUGUACACUGUAUGCAGGGACAGUGAACAUGCAGUUGUGCACGUAGGCAUUCAUUCAUAGUGCACAUGUAUGCAACAGGGACACAGGUACCGGUAACAAUGUGUACACCAAGUGCUACAGUUUGUGCUUCCCAAUUUUAACCAUGGCAGGGUUUGCGUGAAGAGAUCUUAAACAUUUGGUCCAUGGUAAUCCUGUACAUUUGUGGUUUCUGCAUCUGAAUCUUACUGUCUGUCUGUGUGUUGCAGUUGAAAUUUUGGAAGACAGUGCAGGUUAUGCAAUGUACCACUACACAACUGGAACUGGAAGGAUAUAAGAAUCGCAAAGAGUAAAUAAGACCACCCUACCAACAUGCUGAAGGCCCAGGCAUCGCGUGCCUUGCAGCUGAGACACCUCCACGGCCGAUCAACCACUCAGCCAUUCAGCCAAGCUGUACUCAACUCAAGAAGCUCAUCACUCAGUCACUAUGUCACAGUCAGGACCGCUGCGAGUCAUCGUGGCAGCAGCAGCAGCGAUACCGGUGACUCAUCAGCAAGCGCAGGCGGGAGAAGCUCCUUCUCAACAGUCUCUCCCGGGAAACACAAAGUGGAAAGGGUACCAAUCAAUAAAGUCAUGGUGGCCAAUAGGGGUGAAAUUGCCAUCCGUGUUUUCCGUGCCUGCACUGAGCUGGGCAUAAAGACGGUCGCCAUCUACUCGCAGCAGGACAAACGUAACAUGCAUCGUGGGAAGGCAGACGAGGCAUACUUGGUUGGGGCGGGGCUGCCUCCAGUACAGGCAUACCUGGACAUACCGGAUAUCAUUCGUGUGGCGAGGGAGAAUGAUGUGGAAGCAAUCCAUCCAGGCUACGGCUUUCUGUCUGAGAGGGCAGACUUUGCCCAGGCAGUCCUAGACGCUGGUAUCCGGUUCAUUGGUCCCACACCAGAAGUCGUGCACAAGAUGGGGGACAAGGUUGAGGCUCGUGCGAUUGCUAUUGCUGCAGGUGUUCCUGUAGUCCCAGGCACUGAUGGACCAGUGAAAACCAAGGAAGAUGUCAAGACAUUCGUAGAGGAGUUUGGCCUUCCCAUCAUGCUCAAGGCUGCGUAUGGAGGAGGUGGUAGGGGCAUGCGGGUAGUCAGAAAUAUGGAGGAUGUGGAAGAGAAUUUUGAACGUGCCUCAUCUGAAGCCCUUGCAGCCUUUGGCGAUGGGUCCAUGUUCAUCGAGCGAUUCAUCGAGCGACCCAGACAUAUUGAGGUGCAGAUUCUUGGCGACAAAUACGGCAAUGUUAUUCAUCUGUACGAGCGGGACUGCUCAGUCCAGCGCCGCCACCAGAAACUAAUCGAGAUUGCACCGGCCCCUCUGUUGGAUCCUGAGAUGCGAGCUCGCAUAACUGCCGAUGCUGUCAAGCUGGCCAAUCACGUGGGAUACGAGAACGCCGGUACGGUGGAGUUUCUGUUGGACCAGGACGGACGACAUUACUUCAUAGAGGUCAAUGCCAGGCUGCAGGUGGAGCACACUGUAACGGAGGAGGUGACAGGGAUUGAUUUGGUGCAAUCCCAGAUCAAGAUUGCUGAGGGCAGCUCCCUGCCUGACUUGGGCCUAGCUCAAGAUGAUGUGAAGAUCCAGUGUAGUGCUAUGCAGUGUAGAAUAACCACGGAAGACCCUGCCAAGAACUUCCAGCCCGACAUGGGAAGAAUUGAGGUGUUCCGUAGCGGUGAGGGCAUGGGCAUCAGGAUCGACAGUGCCUCGGCAUUCGCUGGUGCCUGGGUCUCGCCCCACUAUGACUCCCUCCUUGUCAAGAUCAUCGCAAGCUCUCGGGAUCAUCAGAGUGCCGUGGCUAAGAUGCUGCGAUCCCUGGCCGAGUUCCGUAUCAGGGGUGUCAAGACAAACAUUCCUUUGCAGAAUGUUCUGACCCAUCCACAGUUCGUCAAAGGCCGGGUGGACACCUACUUCAUUGACGACAAUCCAGCGCUGACCACGCAAUUCAAGCGCAGUCAGAACAGGGCCCAGAAGCUACUCCACUACUUUGCCAACUUACUGGUGAAUGGACCGUCCACUCCACUGGCCACUGGGCUCAGACCAGCGGCAGGGGAGGCCCCCAUACCCCAGCUGCCCUUUGGCGUGCCUCCACCCCCUGGCUUCAGAGACGUUCUCAUCAAGGAAGGACCCGAGGCUUUCGCCCGAGCGAUUCGCCAGCACAAAGGCCUGCUGCUGAUGGAUACAACCUUCAGAGACGCACACCAGUCGCUCCUAGCCACCCGCGUGCGAACGUAUGACCUCAAGAACAUCUCACCGUUUGUGGCUCAAAACUUCAGCCAACUCUGCAGCAUUGAGAAUUGGGGAGGUGCUACGUUUGACGUGGCUAUGCGGUUUCUCCACGAGUGCCCGUGGGAUAGGUUGGAAACGCUGCGAGAGCUCAUCCCUAAUAUCCCGUUCCAGAUGCUACUGCGUGGAGCCAAUGCUGUAGGCUAUACCAGCUAUCCUGACAAUGUUGUAUUCAAAUUCUGUGAGCUUGCCCAUAAACACGGCAUGGACAUCUUCCGCGUCUUUGACUCCCUCAACUACCUACCCAACAUGAUCCUUGGGAUCGACGCGGCCGGGGCGUCUGGUGGGGUGGUGGAGGCAGCCAUUAGCUACAGCGGUGAUGUCUCUGAUCCUAGCAAGACCAAGUACACCAUGGAUUACUACAUGAAACUGGCUGAUGAAUUGGUCAAGGCUGGUACGCACAUCUUGUGUAUAAAGGACAUGGCUGGACUGUUGAAGCCAAGAGCAGCUUCCAUGCUCGUCGGUGCCCUGCGUGAUAAAUACCCAGACAUGCCCAUCCAUAUGCACACGCAUGAUACCUCGGGCGCCGGUGUGGCGGCCAUGUUGGCAGCUUCUGAUGCUGGGGCAGAUGUUGUGGAUGUUGCCGUGGAUACCAUGUCAGGGAUGACCUCUCAACCUAGCAUGGGAGCCAUAGUAGCAGCAGUAGAAGGCACAGAGAAGGAUACAGGCAUUGCUCUGGACAAGGUCUUCAAUUACAGUGCGUACUGGGAGAUUGCCCGCCAGUUCUAUGGACCCUUUGAAUGUGCCGUGACCAUGAAGAGCGGCAACGCAGACAUCUACAAGAAUGAGAUUCCUGGCGGCCAGUACACCAACUUACAGUUCCAGGCCUUCAGUCUCGGGCUGGGUCAUCAGUUUGAGGAGGUCAAGAAGGCCUACGUAGAGGCCAACAGAUUGCUAGGGGACCUGAUUAAGGUUACUCCCUCGUCUAAAGUAGUGGGUGACCUGGCUCAGUUUAUGGUCCAGAAUAAACUGGAUGGAAACAGUCUGGUUGAGAAGGCUGAGGAACUGUCCUUCCCAACCUCAGUGGUGGAGUUCAUGCAGGGAUACCUCGGCCAGCCGUACGGCGGAUUCCCCGAACCACUCCGAACCAAGAUAAUUAAGGACAAGCCCAGAAUUGAGGGUCGGCCUGGAGAGUCGCUCCCAGCUCUGGACCUUAACAAACUCCAGGCAGAUCUGAUGGAGAAACACGGGCCCCGCAUCAGGGAGGUGGAUGUGGUCAGCUCGGCCCUCUACCCUAAGGUCUUUGAUGACUUUCAGGAGUUCCGCAAGGUGUACGGUCCCGUGGAGACAUUGGCAACCAGGCUGUUUCUGGUCGGCCCCAACAUAGCUGAAGAGUUUGAUGUACAAAUUGAGAAGGGAAAGAGACUGCAUGUGAAGAUGCUGGCCAUGGGAGAGCUGCACGGGGAGACGGGAGAGAGAGAAGUGUUCUUUGAAAUGAAUGGUCAACUCAGAUCAGUGCUGAUGAAGGACAGGCUAGCAAUGAAGGAGAUGAACGUCCACCCCAAGGCUCUGCCUAAUGUGAAGGGGUCAGUGGGCUCCCCAAUGCCAGGCGAGGUUAUCGACGUCCGGGUUCAGCUGGGCGAUAAAGUGGAGAAGGGCGACCCCGUCGUCAUCCUGAGCGCCAUGAAGAUGGAGAUGGUGGUCAGCGCACCCAUAUCGGGAACGGUCAAAGCACUGCAUGCGACGAAAGGCUUGUCAGUAGAAGGGGAAGACUUACUGGUGGAGAUCGAGUAGACAUGCAAGGUAAAGCCAGACUAUUUUUUUUGGUCCUCAUUUGAGAUUCUAAUGUCAAAUGAAUUAGUGAGUGUGGUUUUGUUGUGUGACAAUCCAUCAUAGCUAGAGCAUCAUCCUGUGUAAGAUGAAAUGUCUUUUUGAAUAACUCUGAUCGCAGUGCAGGAGUAGUAUGUGCUCUAAACGCAGUGCACGAGAACGAUAAUCUGCAGUGCAUGUUGCAGGUUAGCCUUGUAUGCACCGAGCUCAGUCAUCAACUAAAGGAGCUCAUUUGCUCACAGUGUGAUGCCGAUAGCUCUGAUAAGAAGUUGUAAUUAACGUAUUGAAUAUAACUCAAAACAAUUAGGUUGUGUUCUGUUUAACCCCAUUAAAGCCACCCAGCCCCCAAAAAAGGAACAUCUCAAAAAGUCAAUCUUUGUACAUAUCGUAAUAAAGUGCGAAGUAAUUAUUUAACUGUUUUCUACAAUGAUCGUCCCUUGCGACUCAAGGAUAGAAUUGAAAGUGUCCUUUGUGCCGAAAAUAGGGGGGAAAAAACAUCUAAAAAAUAAAAACAAUCAAACAUUUUUAACUGCCAACUUGCUGUGAUUCAACAGCAGGCAAAACCUGAACUUAUAUUUUAUUUAGUGUACAUGUACAUAGAAUGUUAAUUCUUUGUGGGAUGAACAUUUUGCGUGGCUAUGAAUGCCAAGAGUAAAGUACUGUACAUGCGCAUUGCAGCUUGAAUUUUCAGAAUGGAAAUGAUUGUGCUUUCUGUAAGCAGGAAGCCACAUCUAACGGUAUAUUUUAACACUAUCUUUAGUAUGCAUGUGAAAUCUUUGCAUUACUGGUUAUGCCAGGAGGUACAUGUACCAGCCCUUUCAGUAUGUUCCAAAGUUUGCCAAUGGUUCCCCAGCUAUACAGCCGGGUUAUCAUUGGCCCUCUGCCGGGAAACGUAAUGCAUGCAUUUAGCUGGGCGCGUAAAUGAAUAACCGUCCGAAUUCACAUUAGUCAAGUCGUUAGACCUGUUGAAUACAUGCCGGAUGUGUAAACACGAUACCGAGCGCUAGUGAGCACCGUGCUUCACGUGCACUGUGAUGUUACCCACAUGCGCCAGUGGGCAGGGAUUAACCCUCCUGCUGUCUGAAC